AUGUUAGAACACAAGCGAAAUCACUCUUAGAAAAUUAGAACUGUGUAGAUAAGAUGUUAUGAUAAACAGGUGGCGAUCGACAUAGCGAUGGACAAGAGUGUGGCUGAUCUCCUGAACAAGCUCCGUGAACAUCCAGCAACGCCAAAUUCAUAAUAGUUGGUUGCUUUGAAAACAGUUUCGAAUUCAAUCACGAUGGAUUAUAUGUUAUCGGUGCCAGAAGAGAGAGCUUAACUGCCCAUACACAAGUUGAAACAGGAAGCUUUGAUUGGAGUCUACAGAUAGAAUGCUCAUAAAUAAAAUCUGAGUCUUUUAGACUUCACAUUUGAACGAUGCAUUGGUAAGGGUGGUACUUCAGAGGUCUAUUUGGUACGUCAUCACGUGUCUGGAAGAUUGUUUGCUCUGAAGAUGAUCAAAAAAUAAUAUAUUACUGAUUGCAGGAGACUGGAACAAAUCCUAAGAGAAAAGAAAAUUCUGUCCCAGGUUCUGAAUCACUCCAAAUUCAUCAUUCCAUUGUAUGCCACAUUUGCAACCAAAGACCACCUGUGUUUUUUAAUGGAGUACUCUGCUGGGGGUGAGAUGUUUUAUCAUCUCUAAAAUUACCGUUUUACAGAUGAUGAAGCUCGAGCUUACAUUUGCGAGGUCAUUUGUGCCCUGGAGGAACUCCAUUAGCAUCGUGUCUUAUACAGAGACCUGAAACCAGAGAACAUACUCAUAGAUCUUAGAGGUCACAUCCAACUCACUGAUUUUGGGUUGUCUAAAUUGGAUUUGAGUGAAGAACAACUAACCAACAGUUUCUGCGGGUCUCCUGAGUAUAUGCCUCCAGAGAUAGUCAAUCGAUAAGGGUACUCAUAUCCUGCUGAUUUCUACACCUUAGGAUGUUUAUUGUAUGAGUUGUUGUUAGGCUUGCCACCUCAUUAUUCUCAGAACACUGAAGAAAUAUUCCAUAAAAUUUAGAAUGAGGACAUCUCAUUCCCUGAAGAUUUGAGUUCAGAUGUAAUGUCAUUGUUGUAAAAUCUUUUGAAUAAGAAUAUUAAAGAAAGAAUACAUGACUUUGCUACCUUGAAGAGGAAUCCCUGGUUUGCUGAUGUCGAUUGGCAAGCUGUCAAAUAGAAGAAAUCUGCUUAGAUGCCUAUAUUCAUUGAUAUCUAUGAGACUCACAUCCAUCAGGAGUUCUUGAAGAUAGAUGUAAAUGAUCUCAAUCAAAAGAAUGAACAUGGCGAGUUAAGUAGUUCUGAAGAUCUCUUUGAUUUCUUCAAUUAUGUCAAUGAGUCAUACAAGGACAUAUUCUAGUUGAAAUAGAAGAUGCGAGUUCAAAGUGAUCAUCUCAUUGAUAAGAAGCUGUUACAAAUUAGUUAAUCAAGUGCAAAAAAGAAGAAUCUCUAAUUAAACCUAAAUGACAUAGAGAAGCAAUUUUCAAAAACUCAGACUCUUAAAUAAUCACUGACACCCUAGAGUGUGAUGCCACUAUCUUUGUUACGCAAAUCAUUUUAGUAGAUGAUGAAAGAGAAACCCAGAAAGAGUCAAGACAAUCAUCCCACUUUAAGUACUGUGUUAUCUGAUAGGCCCAUAAUAGAUCGCAAUUAUAUUUAGAAGAUGUUGCAAACUUUAACAAGCAAGAAGAAACCACAGAGUCCUUCACAUAACGGGUUGUCUUGGAGACCACCUCAAGUGAAAAGAGGGUCUAGUUCAUCGACUCAUUUAAAAUCAUCGAUUAGUCAAAGAGGAUAGAGUUCAACAAGAUAAAUAAAAUGA